GUGCAAGUAGAUAAAUAGGUACCGCUACAGCGGGAAGGCAAACGUCGUUUCUGUGUGCUGCUCUGGUUCGCCAGAAGCGGCUUUGUCAUGCUGGUCACAUGACGCUGAAACUGUAUGCCGGCUCCCUUGGCCAAUAACGCGAGAUGAGCGCCGCAGCCCCAGAGUCGGUCACGACUGUACCUAAUGGUCAGGGGUCCCUUUACCUUUACCUUUAAGAAACACUUUAAAUUACUAAAUUAUUGGGGGGGGGGGUUGCGCCUGCCAUCAUUAACACAUUUUAUUAACAUAUUUAUAUCUCACCUUCCAUUGCAUACAAUGAUAUUUGAUGGGUUACAAUGAAAUUGAUGAAAAAACACUAUAUCUAAAAAAGAAUGGGAAGUCGGCUAAGGACAGUUUUUACAUGACAGUAGUUUGACCUGAAGGAAGGGGCAAGUGGGUCUCCUUGCGAAUACGACUACAAUUCAUCUUAUUUGCAACUUAUAUUUGUUUUCCAAGAGUUUGUGCUUCCCCCUCCCUCCUUUCAACAAGAUUUUUUCUUUGCCAGUGCAGUCUUCUUGGCCUUUGUAGGUUUUCUUUCCCCUGCGUAUCAGCCACAUUGGCAUAUCAACCACAUUGUUUGAGGCUUUCCUAUUCUGUAGCUUGCAUUCUAGCUGUUACUAGAAUGUUCUGUUCUGCUGCGACGUGGUUUUAAGCAAGUUCUAAGCAUACUGAAGACAUUGGACUUUCUUAACAUCAUUAGCCUUUAUAGAAAUUAAGUGGCACCCUGCAGCACUGUAGAAUUGAAGUUUCAUUUUAUGACAUACUUUGGCAUGCUUCAGUGAUGAAAGGGGUUUACUUAUUUUUUAAUGGAACUCCAAGGCUUUCCUAGACAACAAAAUAUGUGAUAUUUUAGUUAUUACUAUAAUAGUAUCCUAAUACCGUAGUGUGACAUCUAGGCCCCACAGAAUGGAUAUGGAGUGGAUAGCCUUGCCACAUGGGGGAAAUCCUCUCUCUUCAAACUAGGAAAAUAGGAACAAAUGCUAAUUUUCAAAAGUAUUAUCCCUCAUAAUAUCUCGGUAACAAUGAGCAUUCCAAAUGCCAGAAUACUUUUAUCUCACCAUCAGCCAUUUAUUAUAGCCAACAGACCAGAAAUAAGCUGUACAGUACAUUUUAAACAGAAUACAAAAAGUGUCACAACAACAGUAGUAACAUUUUUUUAUUUAUACCCUGCCCAUCUGGCUGGGUUGCUCCAGCCACUCUGGGCGGCUUCCCACACAUAUAAAAAUGACAAUAAAACAUCAAACAGUAAUAGUAACAAUCUGAUCCAAUAUAAAAAGUCACAAUAAUUUUAAAAUAAACAACUUAUAUCAAAUAAAUCAAUAUUAAAUAAUCCAUUAGAAUCCAAUAGUAAACAGUAAAAUUAAACAUCAGAAAAUCAGAAUUAAAACAGUUUACACAUAUCAAUUACUAAUCUAAAAUCAAUAAAAAUAACAGCAAAUCACAAUGCAUAAAAUACCACAAAACAUAAAAAACCCAUGUACGAGGAUCAAAUUAAGAAGCAAGGACACACCAUAUAUAUAUAUCAUUCAUGGUCUGGGAAAGGCUCCCAGGGCUGGAGAGUAGGAAAAGGCAAGUGGAAAAGACAUUGCCAGAUGACCAACAGAAAGUCUCUCUCCCCUCACAGUUGUUCCUCUGGAGCAGAGUAGCCCUCCCAUGAAGGCAAAGCAGGUGGAAAAGCCAUUAUGUAAUAACAGCAGCUCAGUUAUAGGUGCCCAGCGCAGGAGAAGCCCCAGUGCACUUGCCACUGAAGUAUUUGAGUCACAUUUGGGAAGUCACAUUUUACAGUCACUGGAUGGAUUUGUAUUUGCACUAAAUCAAGAGGGGAAAUUUUUGUACAUUUCGGAAACCGUCUCCAUCUACCUAGGCCUAUCCCAAGUGGAACUGACAGGCAGCAGUGUGUUUGACUACGUCCACCCAGGAGACCAUGUGGAGAUGGCAGAGCAGCUGGGCAUGAAGCUUCCCCCGGGGCGAGGCCUUCUCUCGCAGGGAACAGCAGAGGAUGGAGCCAGCUCAGCAUCUUCAUCUUCUCAGUCUGAGACCCCUGAGCCAGUGGAAGCCACAAGCCCCAGCCUACUUACAACGGACAACAAUCUAGAACGUUCUUUUUUCAUCCGGAUGAAAUCUACCCUGACCAAGCGAGGUGUGCACAUAAAAUCUUCGGGAUAUAAGGUGAUUCAUAUAACAGGAAGGUUGCGCCUGAGAGUGUCGCUGUCCCAUGGGCGGACAGUCCCUAGCCAAAUCAUGGGGCUUGUAGUUGUUGCUCAUGCCUUGCCCCCUCCUACGAUCAAUGAAGUCAGAAUCGACUGCCACAUGUUUGUUACCCGAGUAAACAUGGACCUCAAUAUCAUUUACUGUGAAAAUAGGAUUAGUGAUUACAUGGAUCUGACCCCUGUAGAUAUCGUAGGGAAGAGAUGUUACCACUUCAUUCAUGCUGAAGAUGUGGAAGGGAUCAGGCACAGUCACUUAGACUUGCUCAACAAGGGUCAGUGUGUAACGAAGUACUACCGCUGGAUGCAGAAGAAUGGGGGGUAUAUUUGGAUACAGUCGAGUGCCACCAUCGCGAUCAAUGCCAAGAAUGCAAAUGAGAAGAACGUCAUCUGGGUCAAUUACCUUCUGAGCAACCAAGAAUAUAAGGACACUCCAAUGGAUAUUGCACAGCUCCCGCAUCUGCCAGAGAAAACCUCAGAGUCCUCUGAGACCUCCGAUUCUGAAUCAGAUUCAAAGGACAACUCAGAGGACAAUGAGAAUUCAAAGUCGGAUGAAAAAGGAAACCAGUCGGAAAACAGCGAAGACCCUGAGUCAGAUAGGAAGAAGUCUGGGAACCAGUCAGAUAAUGAAAUGAACUGUAACGAUGAUGGCAACAGCUCCAGCAACCAGGACAGCAGAGACAGCGAUGACAGCUUUGAAAAUUCUGACUUUGAGAAUCAAAAGGCCCCGGAGGAUAGUUUUGGCACUCUUGGUUCUAUGCAGAUUAAGGUGGAACGCUACGUGGAGAGCGAAUCGGACUUGCGGUUGCAGAACUGUGAAUCGUUGACUUCAGACAGUGCCAAGGACUCGGACAGCGCAGGAGAAGUCAAUGCCCAGUCUUCCAGCAAACAUCAAAAGAGGAAGAAGAGGAGGAAAAAGCAGAAAGGAGGCAGCAUGACCCGCAGAAGGCUGUCUAGCACCUCAAGCCCCAAUGGACUUGACUCCGCAUUGGUGGACCAGCCCCAGCUGCUCUCAUCGCCAAACAGUGCCUCAGUGCUCAAAAUCAAAACGGAGAUCUCGGAACCUAUCAAUUUUGAUAACGAUAGCAGCAUUUGGAAUUACCCGCCCAACAGGGAAAUCUCAAGGAACGAAUCUCCCUACAGUAUGACCAAGCCCCCCAACUCAGAGCACUUCCCUUCCCCCCAAGCCAGCAGUAGUUUACAUGUCUCCAUUCCAGACUCUGUCCUCACCCCGCCAGGAACUGAAAAUACUGCCAGCCGCAAAUCUCAGUUCAGCACCUCAUCCACCUCCGCCUUGGCUCCUGUAUCCUCUGACCCUUUGUCACCACCUCUGUCCGCAUCUCCACGGGACAAGCAUCCUGGAGGCCCCAGCACUUCCAACUCUUUGUUGUACACUGGGGACCUGGAAGCCCUCCAGAGGUUGCAAGCAGGCAAUGUGGUGCUUCCUUUGGUUCACAGGGUAACUGGAACCCUUGCUGCCACCAGCACGGCUGCUCAGAGGGUCUAUACCACUGGCACUAUUCGGUAUGCUCCAGCUGAAGUUACUUUAGCCAUGCAGGGCAAUCUCCUCCCCAACACCCACGCUGUUAACUUUGUGGACGUUAACAGCCCCAGCUUUGGUCUGGAUCCUAAAACACCGAUGGAAAUGCUCUACCACCACGUUCACCGACUCAAUAUGUCAGGACCGUUUGGAAGUGCUGUGAGCGCGGCCAGUCUGACCCAAAUGCCUGCAGGGAAUGUGUUCACAACUGCCGAAGGACUUUUCUCCACUCUUCCGUUUCCUGUGUACAGCAAUGGCAUUCAUGCCACACAGACACUGGAGCGGAAGGAGGAUUGAAAUAUGACCACAUACUGUGUUCAGUGUUAAACUCUGAGGCAUAGACUAUAUUUUAAUUUAGACCUUUAAUUCUAGCACUUUGAAUUUGAGCAGGUCAGCUUAUUCUCUCAAUAUGAUGGUCCCCAUUUCAACCCCCCCCCUUUCUCUUUAACUUGACUUAUUCUUUCAUGUAAAAGAUAUUUUUUUAUUUUUGCCUUCAGAGAGCUGAAGUACCAGUUGCCUGCCAUUUUGUCUUCUUCCGAGAUGUGUAUUUUUUUCUUCCUUUGCAUCUUUAUUAAGAUGCCUUUAAUAUGUGUAUUGCCUCUGCCAUAGAAUACUCAGUGAUGUGGUAAAGAGAUUUUAAAGUGACAACCAUUGGGUUUACUUCAACAUGAUCUUGAUGUGAUCAAGAUUAAAAGAAACAAGCAUAAAACAAUGUGCCCUGUUUGACUAAGUCAAAUGAAAAGGGGUUUUUUGGUUCCUAAUUCCUUUAAAAAAAAUAGGGGAUAGUAUUUUAGAAUUUUAUGCAGAGUUUAAUUCACUUUUUAUGGUUAAGAUUUUCUUACUUGCACAUACAAUAAUUUGGGUUCUUAAAAAAAGUUAAUUUCUGGCCUGUGAUUAGAAUAUUAAGAUGGACUAAAUGUUAAUUACAGAAACAUUAACUUCAUUUCUAAAACCAUGGUGCUAUCAUUUAUUAAUCUGUAAUGUCUUCACGCAAUACGCAGCUUGUGGGCUGGGUUUUUUGAAAGGAAUGUCUUCUGUACUAGUCUAUAGUCAGGUGCUGCAGUCUCCUUGGUUAGUUAAGACAAAAGCCCUCAUUAACAUUUGCUGCAGGACUUAAUUUUUUUACCUCCAAACUAACAAGCAUAGCCUCAUAUUAAAUUUAAAUGGAUCUGGAAGCCUUUUCUUUUUUGGUAAAUGUAUGUUAAAUGAACGAGAAAACUCAAAACUGGUGUGAGGAUCAGUGUUUGGUUGUUGUUUUUUUAUUUAUAGGUUUUUACUGUUUUGUUUUGCUUUACUUUAUUUUAUUUCUUUCUCAGUGUAACUGAGGCUAAUUUUACAACUCCCAAAUAACACUUCAGAGUAAGAGGGGAAAUAUAUAUAUAUAAAUAUAUAUUUAACAUGUUUUUUUUUUUUCAUUUAAUGUUAUAGAGGGAAGGUUGUAUUUUGUUUUUAAGUUUUGCUCAUUGAUUUGUCUUUUGUAAUCCCCCUCCUUCUAGUGUCGAAGCCAAUAUGUUUUAAAGAAUGGGUUAAUAAGCUUGAAAUAGAUAACUGCAACUAAAAACUGCACAUUAAGUAUAAAAAACAAAACAAAAGAAAAAGAAAUCUCCUAUUUUGUCUUUGUUGCCAGAAAUCAAUGUAGUGUCAAACACUCCAAAUGACUGUCAAGUAUAAAUUCUUCUUCCACGCCCAUCUUUGGCAGCUGUUUGUUAAGGCAUCUAAUAACAGAUGUGAGAACUGUAAUGUGUACAAUGUGUAAGUGUCCUUGGCUGUCCGUCCCAUUGCAGUUUCAAUGUGUGUUACUAUAUGCAGUAUAUACUAAGCUAAUGUAGUUGUUUUGUCCUUUGUCUUCUCUGUGCUUUAUCUCUAGUCUGGAGUGGUUAAAGUCCCAUUCCUACAGUCCUAGUGAACCAGUGAUUCUUGGGGGUUAGUGGUUUUUGUGUGGUGGCCUUCCUCUGUAACGUCACCUUAUGCUGCUUCCACUGUCUGUAUACCUUUUCAUUUCUGCUGUUGCUUUGCUGUUGUGUAUUCUCAGACCUCUCUCUCUCUCUGUGUCUUCCUUCCCUGCCUUCUCCUUUUCUCCCGUUUCUUCCUCCUCUUCUCUUUUCCCAUUCUCAGAGAUAAAAGACUCUUAACUAGCUCAAGGUUAAUGGAGCCAUUCCCCCCCCCCACAGAGGAAUUCUGGGUAUGUCUUACUCUUACGGUGUGCAUCGCACAAUGCACUAAAGGGUGAUACUUAGAUAUAUUAAGCAAAGUGAUGCCAUAUAGCCUCAGUUGUUAACAUUUCCAGAGUCCCUUGUGCUCUAACUGUGAGUAGAGGGUGCAGUUCUUUGGUUUUCUCCCAGGUAGGUUAAUGAAGUAAUAUACAGAGAGCAAUUUCAAGUGAGAUAGAAAAUUCUUGCAAAGGUCAACAGACGUUGUUAAAAAAGGGAACCUGAGCUUAGGAUUGUCAUAUACAUAUAUAUAUAUAUUUACAUAUAUGUGCAAUGUUAAUGUAAUUUUAACUCAGCUGGUCUCUACAUUUUGGAUAACAUACGUGUUGUUGAACCAAUUUCUAGUACAGUUGGUAUAGAAUCUGAGGGGCAGGUCUGAGGGAAGAGUGGAGAGGAAUAAUGUCCCAAAGGGGCAUUUUGGAUGUCACAAAUUUUGAUAAUGGGCUUUUAAAAGAGUUAGAUUUGAAGGAUGUUUAAGUAGAUUUCAAGGCCAAGGGAAGCUGAUUUGCGCUCACCCUUGGAAGCUCUACUCUAGCUAUUGAACAAUCAAAGGAGUGCACCUAUCAGCUACAAAGAACAGCUAGACAGCUGUUGUUGUUUUAAUUUUAUUUUUGAAUAAAUGUUUCUGUGUUGUGUCAAAAUGAUUUCUGGUGAUUUAAACUAACAGAUAAUCACAGCUGCUGUCUAAAUCCAUAGUGUUAAAAAUUACAAAAUGGUUAAAAAAAAACCUUCAUUACCUGUGAAGACUGUGUCUGUGUUUUUAACUAUUUCUUGUACAAAUAUAUGAAAU